CACCCAUAUACGAACUGUUGUAAUAACCUUUGACCCUUGUCGCCAUUUUGAUAAAUUUCCGACUAGAAAAGGAAAGUUAAAUUGUUUAUAAAGCUAAAAAUUAGCAUUGAUUUUAAGUCCGACCUUUAUGAGGACAAAGCGGGAACUUGAUCUUAUGUUUUUGCUAUGAAUGGGUUGAGUGCAGAAGAGGAGACAAGAGGUACUGGACAUAACCAAAUCUGUUGUUUAAUAGACGGUGCAUACCGCUGUUCAAGACCUGCUGGCAACGCUAGCUACAGUAAACGCAUCCAAAAAACAGUUCAGCAGCGUAGAUUGCGUCUUAUUAGGGACGAUAGUGUAAAUCACAUUUACAUUUGUGAUCAUCACAAGAAUAUGAUACAGAAUGCAAGAAUGAAGCGUAAAAGAAGAGACAGUGAUGAUGGUGAUGGUUCGCUAGAUGCUGAUGAGGAUAUUCCUGAAAUUGAUUUUUUUCAAAUGCCAGUGAACACUCUGCGGCGUUACAAGAGACAUUACAAGUUGCCUGCCCGACCUGGCAUGAAUAAAGCACAGCUGUCUGAUACUGUUGCCAGGCAUUUUAAAUCCAUCCCAGUGGUCGAGAAGGAAGCACUCACCUAUUUUAUUUAUAUGGCAAAAAACUUCAAAAGUAGAUUUGAUCAAAAACAUAAUAUGGAUGUAUCAAACUGAACAGGUCUCAUUGUAAGCAAUAUUGCAUUUUGUUCUGUGAUUGGAUAAAACGCUAUAAUCUUGUGAACAAUGUUGACACCAAGAUGGUAGUACAUUAAAUGUACUGAAAGAAAACUUGCCACAGAGAUGAACAUUUCAGUUGAAGGAUAUUGCAUCCAGUUAUUCUACAGCGGCAAAAAGAAAAGUAUUUUAAAUGAAUAUAUUUAAUAAGACGGCUUCAAGACCAACCUAAAUGAUAUAAAUCAGCUGUGAAACUUGUUACCUGACAUUUAUUAAUGAUGACCAUAUACUGUUCAUGUGGUUUAUUACCGCCAUGUAACUAUGAGAAUGUGUUGGGGCUUAUUUCCCCUAUAAAUCUACCUCCCGUAAAAGGAGGUAAUCCCAAUGCAAAAAAGUAUGGUUGUUUUCCCAAAGUUGAAUUUUAAAUUCACAAAUGAUUAUACCUUUUAGGGGUUUUGCUGUUUUAAGAUAGUUUUGCUAAUUUGUAUGUAUAUUUAGGUAAAUUAUAAUAUUGCUGAACAAUUACCUAAAAGCAAUUCACAAAUUCUUUACACAAAAACACAUUUAUGUAGAUUUUGGUAAUUUGCAAAUUGUCCCAAUUAAGACAAUUUCUGAUAGCAUUUUCCCAAUUCCAUUGGUGUCGGUGGCAUUCCCAAAUUGAUGAAAAAAAAGGCCUGUGUGUAUUUGCGUUUUUGUUUCUACUCUUGAAAAACUACAGUGUUCGAAUAAUUACUCCCUGUGCAGAUUUCAAUAUUUAAGUGACCAUUAUAAUAGGGAUAUAAUUGAUUAAAAUGUUCAUACAGAUAUAUUCAUAAAGUAAUACGAACAGGUGUAUGUAUUGUUUCAAUAGUAUAGAGUACUGUAAAAUCUGCUGAUCACAUAUUUCACUAGCACUAGCAUUCAAGACUUAAUUUGUUAAAAUGAAGCAGUUUAGCUUGGAAUACCACUGUUCAUUGGUUGCAUGGCAAAAAGCAUGGUGUAUUUAUAUAGUGUGCUAUUGAAAUAAUGGAAUCAAUCUUUUCAAUUUGAUAGACAUUUACAGGUUUUGCAAAAAAUUAUUGGAUGGAAAAUACAGAUAUUUAGAAAAAAACAUUCUUUUGUCUUUCAAAUCUGAAGAUUUGAAGUAAUUAUCUUCACUAUUUCAAGAGUUACCUUGCUUUUAAGUAAGUCACUGAAGGCAUUUAGAGACACAACCUUAAGAAUGACAUGAAAGCAGUAGGAGGUCGCCAUGCAUAGCAUUUCGUUUUCAAGACAUUAAAGCAUUAAAUUUUGCUUAUCACUUACUAAAACGUCAUGUGUUUGAAUAUUUAGGAACAGUUUAAAAUGGUUUUACUGGUAAAUAACUUAACCAUAUAUUUUUGGUUUCAUCAUGAGUCACUUAUCUACCCACAUUCAUGAUGCAUGGGUGCUUUGGAAUUUUCAUUGCCAUGACAACACAAAUGACAUUUAUUUGUAAAGUAUGGUCAAAUUUGAUUUCCCAUAGAUAACUGUAAAACAAUAUACUUGUUUCUGGUUUCUGCAUUAACAUAAAUAAAUCAAUGAUUUUUCACUACUUUAAACUACUUAUUAUGCGAUGUUUGUAUUAUGUCACUAAUACAGGUUUUCUCAUGGAAUGGCCCAAAUAUUUUCAGUCAAUACAGGCCUGGGAUUUUUCAGGACUGGUCCUGAUAGCAGGCUUUUGGUUGCCAGAUUUUCUAUAUACAACUUUAUUAAAAAUGGUGAUUUCAGGCUUGAGAAAAUAGAUUUUCAGGCUUUUGAUUUCUGACUGAAUCCUAAUUUUCAAAUUUCAUAAUUCUUAACUCAUACAUUUGUUUUUCUAAGUCUUCUAAAAUGUUGAAAACUAACCCUAAAAGUUAAUCAACUGUUAGCUUAAUCCCAUGUUAAAGUUUCAAACAACUGGGCCCAGGCCUGUCAGUAUUCUAUCAUAACUUGCAUUAUUUUCUUCCGUAAGAAAAAAUAUCAAAGACUCACUGAUGGCAUACCAAUUACAGGUGUAUAUAUCUUGUGUGUGGCUCUGCUGCAAAGUUCAAUGUCAUACUUAUCAAACUUUGUAUACAAUGAAAUGCCAAAAUCCUUUCUCUUGUAUUUUGCAAGUAUACAGAUUUUAGCAGUAUACAGUGCAGUGUAUAUGUUUUAUAGGUAAAGAAACUGACAGAAGUUGUCAUUUUGAAGUGCAAGUGAAUGUCUUCCUAGCAGUAAUAAUGUUAAAAGGACUGAAAGAGCUCUGUUGCAUACCUGUAGAAUAAAUUACCAAAGCUUAAUUGCUAACAUUUCAAACAAUGGAGAAUGUUAAAUGUAUUUUUUUUUAAAGAAAAAACUAAUUUAGUUUCUGCUUUCAAAACAACUGUAUAUUUCUGCAGGUGUUUAAAGAUUGUUUUUACUAAGGUGUUUGAGAACUUAUUUAAUGUCUAAAGAUCUGCUAACUUAUUAAUUUCUUUCUGAGUCAGCAGUGUUUCUUGUAUGUGUAAAUAUUGUACAUAAAUAAAGUAAUAAAAUGAUUGAAAAGAACAA